AUGUACUUAACUGGUGAUUUAUAUUCCAAAUUUUUAAUAGAAGAGGCCGCACCAGCAGUAUAUGAAGUAUUUGAAAAUUCUGGUGCAACACCUAUAUUUCAAGAUGAUCAGGAUAACAAACAUCGGACGACACUUGUCAAAAAUAUCGUUGCUGAUCUAUUUGAUGAACGGAUCGAUCCGAAAACAGGUGAUGCUAAAUUUGCCGAUAUUUGGCCGAUCGAGAAAGUCUGGGGUGCAAUUAAAGAAAAGGUACGAGGGCAAGAAUUUGAUGGCGAAGUAGAUUUGGAAGAGCAGGUAGCAGUCUAUUGGAAAACAUUUACUGCAGAGAAAUGCCGACAAAUGAUGGAAAAAAUACCGAAACAGUUGAAAUUAGUGAUCGAUAAAAAUGGAGAACAAAUAUUUAAUGAUUAA